UUUGAUAUUCAACAACAACAACAACAACAAGUGCAACAUAAAAAUGUGAUUGAUGGAGACCAAGAUCUCAAUCAAGAACAAAAAAACAUGAGCACUGGUCGGCACUCACGUGAACAAAUACGAGAAUUGGAAAAGGUUUUCAAGCAUUGCCCUCACCCUGAUCAAGAGGAAAGGGACAAGUUGAGUCGCGUGCUAGGUCUUGCGCCAAUCCAAAUCAAGUUUUGGUUCCAAAACAAGAGAAAUCAAGAUAAGGUAAUGCAUGAACACCACCAAAACAAUCAUUUGAGACUAGAGAAUGCAAGGCUUCGUACCGAGAAUGAGAUGCGUAAGGAGGUGUUAAAAAACACUAGAUGUCUGCACUGUGGAGGGCCAGUUUCUAUUGGUAAAUCAUGCUUUAACCAAAACCAACUUAGAAUUGAGAAUUCCAAAUUAAAGGCUGAGAUUGAAAUGUUGUCGGGAGUUUUGAGAAAUGAUAGAAAUGUAGUGGAAAGUGAUAAUGAUAUCACUUCAAGUAUGAUUAAGGAGUUGUACUAUGAUGGUAAUGAUCCAUUUGGUUCAAUUUCAACUCCUUAUUUUGACAAACAGAAAAUUGUAGAACUUGCUAUGGUUUCUAUGGAGGAACUCACAAGGUUAACUCUAGCUGGAGAUCCUUUAUGGAUCUCUACUAAUGAGUGUGAGAUUUUAAAUGAAUCUGAAUACAUUAGGGUUUUCCCUAAUGUAAUAGGUCCAAAACUCACGGGGUUUAUAUCUGAAUCUUCAAGGGAAUCAAUGAUUAUUUCUAUGAAUCAUGUUAAUCUCAUUGAGACUCUUAUGAAUGUGAAUCAAUGGUCUGCAAUGUUUUCUGACAUUGUUUCCAAAGCAAUGACAAUUGAAGUUCUAUCACAUGGAGUAUCAGGAAACUACAAUGGACAAGUACAAGUGAUGUCAGCCGAUUUUCAAGUUCCUUCACCACUUGUUCGUGCUCGUGAAAACUAUUUCGUUAGAUAUUGUAAGAAGCACGAAGAAGGAACAUGGGCGGUGGUUGAUGUUUCCUUGGAUCAUCUUCGACCAAGUAGUAGCACAACGCCAAGAAGUCUAAGACGACCCUCCGGCUGUUUAAUUCAAGAAUUACCAUAUGGUUAUUCGAAGGUUACAUGGGUUGAGCAUGUAGAAGUGGAUCAUACUACAUUAUUGUCGAAUAGAUUUUAUAACUCUUCAAUAACUUCAAGUCUUGCCUUUGGAGCUAAGCGAUGGGUGGCAUCACUAGGUAGACAAUGUGAACGUCUUGCAUGUUCAAUGGCCACCAACAUACCUGCACGAGACUAUUGUGCGAUAAACAAAUUUCAAGGAAGGAAGAUCUUACUGAAUUUGGCGCAGAAAAUGAAAUUAUGCUUUUCAUCUGUUGUUGGUUCUUCUAUAGAAAGUUGUUGGAAUGUUCUAACACCUGAUUCUCAUGAUGUGAGAGUCAUGUCCAAAACAAACACUAAACCUGGAACACCUCUUGGCGUAAUUCUUAAUGGUGGAACAUCUCUUUGGCUUCCAGUUCUUCCCAAGAGACUUUUUGAUUUUCUUGGAAACCAAAAUUCAAGAAGUGAGUGGAAUAUUCUUUCCAUUGGGAGUAUAAUUAAAGAAAUGGCACACAUUGGACAUGGUCGUGAUCUUGGAAACUGUGUUUCUCUAUUCCAAGUCAAUAAUCAAAACUACAUGCAAAAUAAUAACAUGCUUCUACUUGAAGAGAAAAGCAUUGAUAGAACUUCCUCACAUGUAAUAUUUGCACCUGUUGAUAUCAACUCAAUGAAUGUAGUAUUGAAUGGUGGAGAUCCAAAUAUUAUUGCUUUGUUUCCUUCUGGUUUUGUUAUUCUUCCAUAUGAUGUUCAACUCAACAAUGGAGGACCAAUGCUAAAUUCUAUUGGAUCUGGAGGUUGCCUAUUGACAAUUUCAUUUCAGAUUUUGGUUGGUUUGGAUCCAGCAUUAAGAAUAGAAGAUUGUUGGAUAGAAGCUGUUGUGAAUUUGAUUAAGAACACAACUGAAAGAAUCAAGGUUGCAAUGGCAUGAAACAAAAGGAUAUAGGGUUUGAGAAUUGAGUUUGUCAAAUGAGUGUGGAAGUCUAUAUGUUCCAUGAGACUUUUAUGAGAUUUUUUAUGUUAUUGCAAUUUGCUUAUAAAAAAAACAUUUGUUGUGUGCUUUU